AUGGUAUGGGCUGGUGCGUCUUCGGAAAACGCGCCGUUCGUGGCGGCUAUUUUAGAUGGCGAUAAAUUCGCCUGUGCUGGAGCUAUAAUGAGUGAGAAGUGGAUUAUUACUGCAGGGCACUGCGUUAAGGUUUUGGAACCCAAAGAUAUCAAAGUUGUGGUCGGUACAACAGACUACAAAAAGCCCGGCCAGACUCUCACAGUGGCAUCAAUCGAAGAACAUCCUAAUUUUGGUGAUAUCACGACGUUCAACUAUGAUGUAGCUCUAUUAAAACUUGCGUCCGACAUCAAGUUAGAUGACAAAACAAAAAGUAUUGCUCUCACCGGUUCCGAUAUUAAAUCCAAGGAAUUAUUAAAAAUUACUGGAUGGAAACAUGACGCAAAUACCAACUUGAAAUCACUGAAAUCUGAAGCAAUUAAAGAUAACAAUGAUUGUGCACGAUUGUCGUCAGUUGAAGCCGAUAAUUUGUUUUGUUUAGCAAAAAGCCAAAAUGAAUCAUAUAAUGGGGAACUAGGCCCGCGUGAUCUUCAAGGAGGUCCAAUCGUUGGUACUGAAAACAAACUGGAUGGUAUCAUCUAUACAUUAGUAAAACCAAAAAAAAUAAUUGGACUCGCUAUGCGUUUGAAUAAUUUCUCGGAAUGGAUAAAAGAAACGAUGCAAAAAAAGUAAAAAUGUACAUUUAA